AUGCAACACAACAACGACCAUGAUCACAGCUAUCAAAUACCGAUAACUUCUCCUUUUUCCGGCGACAUCGCCAUGACAGAGGCUCCACCCAUGCGGGAGCCUUCCCCUUCUUUGGAGCGUCUGGGUUAUGGACCGGUUUCAGGAAGUCACACUUUGGGUCACCGAGCACCUCGACAACGCUUAAAACCGCGGCGAAAGCACGGUUCACUCGGACGAUAUACGCUUUUACAACCUUAUUACAACUAUAACAGUAUCCAUAACAAUAUUAAUCAUUGCUCUAAUACGCUUUUCCCUGAUAUCGUCAAUAUCCCUGUCGUUGUCGAGAAACGAAUCGAUUUUUUGACCGUAUUACCUUUUGAACUGGCCUCGUUAAUCAUGAGUUUCCUGGAUUUUCGGUCUUUUAUGACCAUGUCGACCGUGUCACGUCGAUGGCAUAUGUUAUUUCGCGGUCAAGCAAUUUGGCGACAUCGAAUGGCUGAAAUGAACUGGAAACUUUAUAUACCGCCUGAAUUUGGGGUGACGGAAGAUGAAAUCGACUAUCAGUUUUGGUACAAGCAACGAUUCCAACUGGAACAGCGAUGGAUGGUGGGUCAGGUCACUUCGCAUUACUUGAUUGGCCAUCAAGACAGUGUUUACUGUGUCCAGUUUGACGAUGAGAAAAUAAUUUCUGGCAGUCGAGAUCACACCAUCAAAAUAUGGAAUUUGGCCACCUAUCAAUGCGUCUAUACGCUUCGCGGUCAUCGCGGCAGCGUGCUUUGUCUUCAGUACAACAACGAAUGGUUGGUUUCUGGCUCCUCCGAUACUACUGUGGUUCUCUGGGACAUGAAGACAUUAAGAAAACGAAGGCGACUCAUUGGUCACACUGCAGGCAUAUCGGAUGUUUGUCUUAGCGAUCGAUACGUUGUCAGUAGUUCGAAGGAUACAUCGAUACGGAUAUGGGAUAUUGAAACCGGUGAACCUGUACGUAUGUUGAUGGGCCAUCGGGGCCCGGUCAACUCGAUUCGAAUCAAAGACAAUCUAUUGGUGUCGGUGUCAAGAGACACCCUGAUUAGAAUGUGGAAUAUCGAAACCGGUCUAUGUAUCCGUGAAUUUGCUGGUCAUACCCACGGAGUAGCCUGUGUUCAGUUUGACGGAAAAAAAAUUGUAAGCGGGUCAAAUGAUCAGGCGAUCAAGGUUUGGGAUGCCGAGACAGGCGAAUGCUUGAUAACGUGUGAAGGUCAUACCGGGUUAGUCCGAACGUUAGAUUUUCAUGACGACAAAAUCGUCACCGCCAGUUAUGACAAGACCAUACGUGUAUGGGAUGCAAAAACUGGAGCAUGUUUGCUUGAUUUCCACAGCGGCCAUUCGAAUUGGAUUUUUGAUGUCCGUUUCGAUAAGAAACGCAUUGUGAGGUAA